AUGUUUUAUCUUUUCAACCAUCUCGAGUCUGGCAUUAUAUCGAAGUAGGCUUUGGUACCAAAACAAUCUCACAAGAAGAAAACUACAGGCUAAAAUUUGCUUUCUAAAUCUAGGUGGCCUAGUUAGAAUGUACAAGGGCUAAGACCUUGUCAAUUUGAUUCCAUAAGUAUGUAGAGAAGUUUAUCUUUUUGUUGUUUUUCUGGAAGCCAAUUCAUAGGAUCUACUCUAUUAAAAGAAUUAGAUAAUCCAAGUAGUAGUCUAUCAAUUACAUAUCAAAUCCUUCUUCCUGUGCUAGUAAUAACUAUCUUAUUUCCAUUAUUAAUUUCAGAGUAUAUAAAUUAUUUGUGGAAGAACCCAAUCCUUUCUUUAUAGCAGGUCUAAAUAUUUUUGGAGCUGUAUCGAUGUAGUCUCACUCAUAGAUAUUUCCUCAAAAAAAGAUCUCAAUCUUUUUAGGAAUAAAGAAUUUUUCAAAAUGUUCCUAAAUUUACUCUUCAACAUUUAAAUAAUCAAAAUUUUGGAUAAUGGAGAUAAAAAUUUACAUUAAAAGUCUAAAGUUUAGACAUUUAGAUAGCAUCGGACGUAUUUUUGGAAGUAAAUAAUCACAGCCAAUUUUAUUUGGAAUAAAGUCCCAGCCUCUAUUAGGUUCUUGUAUCUUUUUAAUUUAUCUAAUUCAGAUUACAGAUGUUAAACAACUUACAUGCCUUUAUCAGAUAAUUGAAAGACUUCAAGUUUAGGACGCGAGGAUUUACUGUCUUAUAAGUAUCACAUACUCCCCAAUUUUUGUUUUGAAUUUAAAUCUGCAUGAUAGUUAUGAUAAAUUAAGUUAUUAUGUAAUUGAUAAAUUGAGUUUAUGUAAAUUAAAUCAGUGCUUAAGUUAAGUAAGAAAAUAUUAUGUAUGUCUAAAAUUUGAUGAUUAUAAGUUAGUAUUAGUAAGCAAGGAGCAGGAUGCUUAUUGGCUUUAUUAAUUUUAUCAUUACAGUAUUUGCACAUAAUCCAAUCGUAUAUUUCAACAAUAUGUAAUUCUCCAUAACUAAUUAUAGAUAAAAGAAAAUAAGUGAUUUCUACAAACCUUUAUUUGAAAUUAUUAAUAAAGGUAAAGCAUUAGAUUGAUCGCCUAGUUAUACAAAUUCUUAGCAAGAAGAACAGACUCUCAAUUCAAUGUUACUAUUUUGAGAAGACUCUAAUCAACAAGAACUGCAAGGUACCCAAUUAGUGUCAGCAGACUUGUAAAAUAAAUUAAUACAGCUAAAGAUAAAACUAGAACUUUAGUAGUUGUAGGCACAGUAACUGAUGAGUAAUCAUAGAAUUUAUGCAUUUUAGUGCUCGUCUUCUUACUGUACCAAAAUUAAAUGUUUGUGCUCUCAGAUUCACUGAAACAGCAAGAAAGAGAAUUCUCGCUGCAGGAGGUAAGACUCUAACUUUUGAUUAAUUGGCAUAACAAAAUCCUACAGGUAUUUAAGGAUACCUAAAAUUUAUAGGAACUGGUACUAUUUUAUUGAGAGGUCCAAAAGUGAGAGAAGCAUUAAAACAUUUUGGCAGAGCUGCUGGUUUACCAGGAUCUCAUGCUAAGCCAUAUGUUAGCCACACUGCAAGAAGAGGAAAAGGUGCAAGAUGAUUUUUUAGUACAUUAGGACAUUAAAAAUACACAUG